UUGAGCCGGUCAAAGCCCCGAGCGCAGGAGACGGGCUCCGUUCCGCUCUUGUCUGCAAUGUCAGACGCUGUGUCACGUCUCACCCCACUCCACAUCACAGGGAGGUCGCAGGUUUGGGGAGAGAGGAGUGUAAAUGAUGUGUCUGGGAAACCUGCAUCGAGACAUCAACACGCACACACGGACAUAGCUCCAUCCAUCCAGCUGGGUUUCUCUGAGAUUUCUGGGAGAUAUGCAGUCCGGUUCAUUGCCAGACAGACCGGUUUCAGUGAGAAGGAACUAAGGAGACAAGGAUAUAAGGACGAGAAAAAGGAGACAUUCCACCACGGCCCCUGUGGAGCUGUAGCAGGGGCGAGCACACCAGCUGUGAUUUCUAAUCGGGAAGAAAGGCAGAAAGUAAGUAGGGAUGGGGCCUCCGAGAGAUUUGCCCUGGCUUUUGAUUUCCCUUUGUGCAGCAGCUGUGUAUGCAGGUGUGACAGGUGCAAAGUGGGUUUGAUCACUGAGAUCCAUGGUCUGCGUAUUGUGACUAGCAACCUGCUUGAAGAUCUGGAAAGAGUAUCAAAGGAAAAUGAGGAAAUGAGGAUAUCUCUGGCCGAACUGAGCAACAGCAGCAGCAGAGGGAGUUCGGACGGCAGCGAAAACGAUCUUGACAGAGACAGAGACGGGGAAGUGUGGUGUGUGCAGGAUGGACGAGUGUACGAGCAGGGGGAGGACUGGGAGGUUGACAGCUGCACCACUUGUGCUUGCCAGGAUGGAAAGGUUGUGUGUCAGCAGGCGUCAUGUCCCCCGGUGUCCUGCAUCAAUCCGUCCUUUAUCGAUGGAAAAUGCUGUCCCGUUUGCCUCAACAACAAAGAUGGCUGGUCCCCAUGGUCUGAGUGGACACACUGCUCGGUCACCUGCGGGCGUGGAGGGCAACAGCGGGGUAGAUCCUGCAAUGGCAUCAUGCCCGGCUGCACCGGCCCCUCUCUCCAAACCCGCAGCUGCUCCAUGAUGAAGUGUGACCGCAAGGCGCGUGCUGACGGGAACUGGGGGCUUUGGUCUCCUUGGUCCGCGUGUACAACUACUUGUGGAGCUGGCAACAUCACACGGGUGCGACUGUGCAACAACCCCCCACCCCAGAAGGGGGGCAAGGGGUGCACAGGAAGCGGCAGAGAGACACAGGAUUGCAACAACACGCUCUGUCCCAUCGCAGGUGGUUGGACAUCCUGGAGUGAAUGGUCACAAUGCUCUGCGACGUGUGGCGGAGGCCUUAUAAGUCGUGAGCGAGAAUGUGUGAACCCCGCCCCUCAGAAUGGAGGAAAGCCUUGUGCUGGGGAUGCUACGGACUAUGAAUCAUGUAACAAACAGGAGUGUCCUUUAGAUAUGUGUGUGAUUUCAAAUCCAUGUUUUCCUGGAGUGGAAUGCACGUCAUACAGCGAUGGGUCAUGGGAAUGCGGAAAUUGUCCAGUGGGCUUGAAUGGGAAUGGCACUCAUUGUGAAGAUGAGAAUGAGUGUGAAGUGGAGGAUGUUUGCGUUUUGAAGUGCAUAAACACGGACCCCGGAUUCUACUGUCUGCCUUGCCCUCCCCGCUACAAAGGCAACCAGCCAUAUGGGCUGGGCCUGCAGCAAGCCCUGCAAACCAGGCAGGUGUGCGCCCCAUACAAUCCUUGCAAAGACAAUAGCCACACCUGCCACAGGUAUGCUGAGUGUGUGUACCUCGGUCUGGCGUCUGAGGUCUUGUACAAGUGUGUUUGUAUUGUUGGGUUCGCUGGCGAUGGUUUCCUGUGUGGUGAAGACCCUGAUCUGGAUGGAUGGCCCAAUGAAGAAUUACCCUGCAAGCAGAAUGCCACCUAUCACUGCCAAAAGGACAACUGCCCUUUGAUGCCAAACUCUGGACAGGAAGACACAGAUAAAGAUGGGCAGGGAGAUGCCUGUGAUCCUGAUGAUGACAAUGACGACAUCAUAGAUGACAGGGACAACUGUCCGCUAGUCUACAACCCUCGGCAGUUUGACUCUGAUGGGGACGGGGUCGGGGACCGCUGUGACAACUGUCCAUUUGAAAGCAACACGCUGCAGACAGACACUGAUGGCAAUGGAGAGGGUGACGCCUGCAGCAUCGACAUGGAUGGAGAUGAGGAACUGAAUGAACGAGACAACUGCCCUCUUGUGUACAACACUGACCAGAGGGAUACGGACCUGGACGGUGUUGGAGACCAGUGUGACAACUGUCCCCUUCUUCACAACCCACUGCAGCUCGACACUGACAGUGACCUGGUGGGGGACAUGUGCGACAGCAACGAGGACAUAGAUGAAGACGGCCACCAGAACUCUCUAGACAACUGCCCCUACAUUGCCAAUAGCAAUCAGGCUGAUCAUGACAAGGAUGGAAAGGGAGAUGCUUGUGACCACGACGACGAUAAUGACGGUAUCCCGGAUGACCGGGACAACUGCAGACUGGUGCCCAACAGGGACCAGCUGGACUCGGAUGGGGAUGGCAGUGGAGACGCAUGCUUUAAUGACUUUGACAAUGACAGCAUUCCAGACGCACUGGAUCCUUGUCCAAUGAACCAGGAUAUCGGUGCCACAGACUUCAGGAAGUUUCAGGGGGUUCUGUUGGACCCUAAAGGCACCACGCAAUCGGACCCCCUGUGGGUGGUCAGGAGUCAGGGGACGGAGCUGCUGCAGAAAGCAAACUCGGACCCCGGAAUUGCUUUAGGAUAUGACAAAUUCAGCGCUGUUGACUUCAGUGUCACAUUUUAUGUAAAUACCAACCGAGAUGAUGAUUACGCUGGCAUUGUGUUCGCCUACCAGUCCAGUCGGCGCUUCUAUGUCGUCAUGUGGAAACAGGUGUCUCAAGCCUACUGGGAAAAAAGGCCAACCAAAGCCUUUGCCACUGCAGGACUCUCACUCAAACUGGUUAACUCUAACUCAGGCCCAGGGGAGUAUCUCCGCAAUGCUCUGUGGCACACAGGAAACACCAGACACCAGGUCAGAACAUUAUGGCAUGACCCCAAUAAAAUUGGCUGGAAGGAUUUUACGGCCUAUCGCAUGCACCUCAUACAUCGACCCAAAACUGGGUUCAUCAGGGUGGUGGUGUAUGAAGGUAGGGAGAUUCUGUCUGACUCGGGAGCAGUGUAUGAUCACACUCUGGCUGGAGGAAGACUUGGGCUAUUUGUGUUCUCUCAGGAACAUGUUCUCUUCUCGGACGUCAGACAUGAGUGCAGAGAUAACUGA